GUUCACCUUAUUAUUUACGUUAUUUACGCGCACGACGUACGUACGACCAAGUUGAUCACGAUUUUGCUUUGCAGUUUAUGCUUUAAACAUGCCCACCAAAGUUCAGCUUGACAAGGCAAGCUGGCAGUGGACGGAAACCACCAGCCCGGACAAUGUGACGAGUGAACAUGUUCAGCUAGCGUACCGCGUCGGAAUGCCGGCAUGUCAGCGCAACAUUUGCAGGCGGAACUGCAAAGGCAACCCUAACUGCCUGGUUGGUUUGGGAGAGAAGGAAUGGCUAUGCGACAUCAAGGAGGACCGAUGGCAUGAAGUGGAGGAUCCCGAACUGGAGAGACGGGCCCAGGACUCGUACGUGGGACUGAAAAAUCUUGGAGCCACUUGUUACGUCAACACAUUCCUGCAAGUCUGGUUUCAUAACCACAGUUUCCGUGCAGCAAUAUAUAAAUGGCGGCCAUUGCGAUUGCAAGCGCUGGAUCAGAACAGCCAAUCAGGCAGCACAGCUAAGGAAGGCAGCUUCACGCCAACAUGCAUCUGUGGCCAUCUGCAGCUGCUGUUUGCCUUGCUCCAGUUCAGCAACAGAAGAUAUAUCGACCCCUCGGGCCUCGUCAAUUGUCUGGGUCUAGAUGCUGCACUACAGCAGGAUGCCCAAGAGUUCAGUAAACUUUUCAUAUCAUUAUUGGAGGAGACACUGUCACAACAAACAAACCCUGACGUGCGGAACAUCAUCCAACAUCAAUUCUGCGGCCAGUACGCAUACGUGACCAGGUGCAAUAAUUGUGGCCACAGUUCCGAGCGGCCAUCCAAAUUCUACGAGCUUGACCUUAACAUCAAGGGACACAGGGAGCUCAGUGAAAGCCUAGGGGAGUUCUUGCAGGAUGAGCAUCUAGAGGGCGCCAACCAGUAUUUCUGCGACACUUGUGGGUCCAAGCAGAAUGCGACGAGGCGUAUCCAACUGCUUCAACUCCCGCCAGUCUUGAACAUCCAGCUUCUGCGAUUCGUAUUUGAUAGGCAAUCUGGGACCAAGAAGAAGUUGAACUCCUUCAUCCAAUUUCCGGAAGUUCUGGACAUGACGCAGUAUCUUCCAAUGAAUGAUGUAGAGACUGUUUACGACAUGACUGCUGUCCUGAUCCACCGUGGGCCCACCGCGUACUCCGGGCACUACGUGGCCCAUGUCCGGCAGGAGGAGGCGUGGCAUAAGUUCAACGAUGAGGAGGUGGAACGGAUCGAGGGGAGGAACCUCAAACUGGGCUCAGAGGACGACCUCCAAGGUGGUGGUCCAAAGCAGGGGAAACGUCCCAAGCACGUUAAGGGUUACCAUGCUUCCAAGAACGCUUACAUGUUGGUGUAUAAGAGGAGAACACAGCAAGAAGCACAAGUUAAUAUUCCCAACUGUGAGCAGCAGAGAGCAGCCUUGUCGGAGGACUCGUUGCCCAGAUAUCUCCAAGACCUGGUGAGAGACGACAGGAAGCAGUUUGAAGAGUGGGUCCAGGAGAUGGUCGGAAUGAGGGAUAGGAGCAUCGCCAGCGGGAAGGAAAGACACGCUGAGAUCACAAGACUGUAUCUGAUGCUGCCGCCUAAACCUGGAGGCAGUUAUGAGUGGCUGCGAUCUGAUUGGCUGAAGCAAUGGCUGAAUGUCGACAGUAGUGCCUGCAAGCCGAUCGAUAACAGCGACUUGCUUUGUUGCCAUGGCAACCUAGACCCAGACAAGAUUCAACAGGUCAAGCGAGUCAGCCAAGAAGCAGCGGGAAUCCUUAUCUCGAAGUAUGAUGGCGGUCCAAGGCUGACGUCAAGUAGUCUGUGUCUAAAGUGUGCGCGAGAGCGAUGUCACAUGAUGCGGCUCAAGACAAACCUAAACGAGGACUGCAAGUUUGUUACCGCGGCAACCAAAAACAAACUUGAACCUGGAUUGCCCGGCUACUGGGUCGGCAAAGCGUCUCUGAGAAACUGGAGAAGAAUGGUCCUAGACAAAGAGCAACCAUCCGAGACGACAAAGCUACAAGAACCGUCAAAUUCUGAAGAAAUUCAAGGGCAAGAUACUACGUCGGAAGAACCUGAUGAGGAGUCCAUGCAAGGCACCUUCAAUGGGGAACUACUUUGCCCUCACAGCAGUUUGAGUACGGAGGAGAGUCUGAGAAAGUUGGUUCCCGUCGCUGUUUGGGAGAGACUCAAGACGUACUUUCCAGACACGCCAGAGUUUAAUCAGGACCAGGAAGUUUGCCGGGCAUGUCAGGUUAGGGACGAGGAGCAGCAGCAGGACAGCAUGCUGCGAGUCAUGAUGGCAGCAGACCAGAAAGCAGCACUGCCACAGCUCUUCAACGACAGAAACAGGCCCAGCUGGGACAAGAAGGAAGUGAUAGAGGCAUUUGUAGUCAAUCGACCAUUUCUGGAGCGGUGGCGAGAGUUCGUCCGUCAGCCGUUGAAGAACCUUCCACUGGGCGACGUUAACAAUGCGUUUCUCUUGUGUCAUCAUGACCGCUUCCUUUUUGAGCCCGGCACUGUAGACGAAAUAACAGUGAACAUGUAUUCCCUAGUCUGGCCCCACGAGUGGGAUUUCCUAACCAAGAAUUUCACCAUUGAUGUCACCAUACGGAUGUUUCUUGAUCAGGAGUUGGCUGAAAAUGGCAGAGUGCCAACUCUAAGAUGCGAACCAGAGUCGUGCCUGGAGUGCAUCACAGCAAGACAAUCCCAGGCUAAGCGAGAGCGGCAGGAGUACAGCGGGGCCCGCAUCUAUAUCCGCAAGAUUGUCAACGAACUGGGCUCCCUCGUUCAGUCCCAGGAUGAAGAUGACAGAAAGGGAACAAGCGAGGGCGCAUCCAAAGACCCCGAUUUCUUCCAGCAAGUUAAUGGCAACAAGAAGGUGAAACUCAGCAGCUAUACCGACGACAGCAUACGGCGGAGUUCACGACACCGCAAAGUCCGCGGGGAAAAGGAGGUCAUCGUGUCAUCCACCAACACGCUGAAGGAACUGAAAAUCAAGGUGAUGCAUGCCUUUUCGGUGGCCCCGUUUGACCAGACCCUCCAGCUCAGUGGUCAGCUGCUGACCAAUAAUGAGUCCACUCUGUCCAGUCUUGGCAUCGAGCCGGGCUGCGUCAUCUCGCUGACCGUCGAUAUGCCUCAGAGCGAGGACCCACUGGCCAUGGAUGAAAUAUACCAAGCAUCCAGUGUACCAGAAGCUGGAUUUAAAGGUACUGGCUUGCUCGGGAGUGGUGUCUAACAGUUUGCCUAUCCGGUGUUGACAAUCAAUGACGUGACAAGAAUCCAGGUGGGAUUACAUCAAUCUUGAAACAUUUCACCCGGCCCCUCCCCCCUUCCCUUGCCACACCCCUCGGAACCAAUCCAUUUUUUACUCUCAUUCUAAGUACCAAUUGGUUAUAUUUUUCAGCAAAUGACCGCACUGUAAUGAUGCAGUUGUCUGGAUACAAACAGUAGAAAUUUUGUGAAGUGUUCUGGUAAAAUAAGACGGAACUGGGCAGAGGAUUUUCGGGUGUUACGAAAGAGAAUAAAAUUCUCCUUACAAUACCGUUUGUUGCACUUCAAUCAAACAAGUUAUGGCUGUUUAAAGUUCGCAUUUAUCAACGUUUUAAAAAAGUAAAAUACUGAAAAAAAGGCCUUUAAAGUUUUGACUGUUUUUUGGUAGUCAUGAAUAUGAAAGAUUGUUGUUCCUUAAAAACACUUUAUUUCCACAAUUUUUAUGCUAUAUCUUUAAAAUAUGCCUAGUAGACAUAUCAUAGAUACAAAUAUCAGUGAAUCCGAUAAAAAAAAAAAAAAAGAUUCCCCAUUAAGUUUUUGCAUUUUUCUCCACUACGGCCUGUGCCCACUUCCAUCUCAUUUUGCAAAAACACCUUACAUAUCCCAUUUUGGAGGCAAUUUUGCACAUUUACUCUAAUCUUGAAAUGAAAGAUUGAAAAAUUGAACAUAUUAUGUAUUCCUAAUGUCAAUAAACUUGGAUUGUUACAGAGCCCUCUUUUGCUAAAAAAUAUGGCAUAUUCCAACAAUUUAUAACUUUAAGACAAACGUAACUGAAAACAGGGAAGCUGGGAAGAGCCUGGUUUUGGCAUUUGUUGUCUUUUUUUUUGAAAGUGUGCAUAAAAGUCAGAGAGGUUUUCCAUAAUAAUAAUAUGAAAUAUUUUCACAGCCUCCAUUACUGAAAUAAAAGGCCCUUCUUGAAAAGUCUUGCGAAAAAAAAACCCACAGAAAAAGUGCCAUUUUCUUGUCAUUUGAUUUUUUUGCUAAUAUUGACUUAAUGCCCUGUGUGUUGCUAGUUAGUGUUUGUGCAUUUUUUGGAUAGCAAAAUAGUCUAAAAGUAUACAUGUAAAAAAAAAAUUGGUCUUAAAAGAAAUCAUAAUGAUGCAUGGAUGCCUUAAACUGGUGAAUUUUCUCCAACGGCUGAACGUUUCCCUAGAGGGGAAAAGUUGAAAGGACUUUGAACGUUUUCUGUGUGUGUUAUCUUGAGUUAGAUUGCUCGCUUUACAGUGCAGGCAGAUGUGCCCGCAUAUCAUAUUCACAUGGACUACGUCUCUAUGCGUGGAUAAAUCGAGUGGCUUUAUUUGUCUGUUCUUGGCAAACAAGUAUGCAUAUUACAUGUACAGGGUAUGUAACGAAAAAACGAAACCUAAAUGUCAGGAGCAUUGUUUUAGUGAAGUUCUGCUUGUAGCACUUUCAAAAUCAA